CUUUCCACAUCCCCCCAGGCUACAAAUACCGGUCAAAUUCCAGCACUCUUCAUCCAUCUCGAGCCACCUACUAGCUAGUCAUGGCAUCCUCCAAGAGCAGCCUUGCAAUGUUCGCACUGGUCAUAGUCAUGGCCGUGGUGGCCGGCGUCUCGGCGCAGAACACCCCGCAGGACUUUGUCAACCUGCACAACCGCGCCCGCGCGGCGGACGGCGUCGGCCCUGUGACGUGGGACAACAGCGUGGCCAGGUUCGCGCAGGACUACGCGAACAAGCGCGCCGCCGACUGCCGGCUGCAGCACUCCGGCGGGCCGUUCGGCGAGAACAUCUUCUGGGGGUCCGGGCAGUCGUGGACGGCCGCGAACGCCGUGAAGUCGUGGGUGGACGAGAAGCGGAACUACCACCUCAACAGCAACACCUGCGAUGCCGGCAAGGUGUGCGGGCACUACACGCAGGUGGUGUGGCGCAAGUCGACCCGCAUCGGCUGCGCGCGCGUGGUCUGCGCCGGGAACCGGGGCGUCUUCAUCACCUGCAACUACAACCCUCCGGGCAACUUCAACGGCGAGCGCCCGUUCCUCACCCUUGACGCCGAAGCCAAGUAGUACAUACGUGCGUGUGUGUUUUUUUUGCGGGUGACGUGCGUGUGUUUAUCUGUGUGUAUUUUGAAUAUUUACGUCUAUUCUUAUGUUACGUACAGUACGUACGUAAAUAAGCCCACAUUCCGGCCUGCAUGUAUCCAUGCGGCUCUGUGGAGCGUGUAAAUGUAACCAUAUAUACCUCCACAUGCAAAUGUCUUUCCUUU